AUUUUACAAAACUAAUAUUACUUAUAACUCACGCUUACGAAAACAUUGACUGUAAGUGAAUCAAAAAUCUGGCGGACACUGUUUUCAUGAAUGACAAUAAAAUCCUCCCAUACCCGGCUCGUCUUGUACACCCGCUGCGCCGUGGGACCACUCGGCAGCAUAGCCAACAUCUGAACCGAAUAGAAAAAAUUAUUGGCCGCGAUAUUGGCAGCCCGGGUCGCCCCGCUUCCCCUGCCGGCGGGCGCGUCCAUAUCACGCCGUGGGAGAGCACUGCGGCGUCCUUGAAUAUGCCUCGCUCGCGGCUGGCGCGCCGGCGCAUGCGCAGACGGGUGCGCGUGCCCGCGCAUAAAACCGCGGGCUUUGGUGCGGAGCGGACGGUGUUGCUUGGAGGGAUCGCCGGUACGCACCGCUGCAGUCGGUGGAGCGUGGCAGCUGGCUGCUGUUUGUUGCGGAGCGAGCGCCAUUCCCGUAUCGAUCUCGCCGCAGCCGCACGGAAGUCGACGAGCCGCAGCGACCCGACCAUGGCCGAAGACAACCUGACCGCGGUGCUCUACAAGAUCAACGACCUGCGACUAGAGCAGAGACCUAUCCCCGAGCCCAAGGAGAAUGAGGUGCUGCUGCAGAUGGCCUGCGUGGGCAUCUGCGGCUCGGACGUGCACUACCUGGUGAAGGGCCGCUGCGCCGACUUCGUCGUGAAGGAGCCCAUGAUCAUGGGCCACGAGGCGAGCGGCAUCGUCGCCAAGCUCGGCAAGAACGUCAAGAACCUCAAAGUCGGCGACCGCGUGGCCAUCGAGCCGGGCGUGCCGUGCCGCUACUGCAACUUCUGCCGGGAGGGCAAGUACAGCCUGUGCCGCGACAUCUUCUUCUGCGCCACGCCGCCGGACCACGGCAACCUGUCGCGCUACUACGUGCACGCCGCGGACUUCUGCUACAAGCUGCCCGACCACGUGAGCCUGGAGGAGGGCGCGCUGCUGGAGCCCUUGUCGGUGGGCGUGCACGCGUGCAAGCGUGCCGGCGUCACGCUCGGCUCGCACGUGCUCAUCACCGGCGCAGGGCCCAUCGGCCUGGUGUCGCUGCUCGCCGCCAAGGCCAUGGGCGCCAGCAAGGUCAUCAUCACAGACCUGGUGGCGCACCGGCUGGAGUUCGCCCGGAAGCUGGGCGCCGACUACACGCUGCAGGUGGGGCUGAGCGAUGACGUGGACGAGCUGGCGGCCAAGGUGCGCGACGCCCUGGGACAGGCGCCCGACCUCAGCGUCGACUGCACGGGCGCCGAGUCCACGGCGCGCCUCGCCGUCAAGAGCACGAAGGGAGGCGGCGUGGUGGCGGUGGUGGGCAUGUACAGCUCCGAGUUCCAGCUGCCCCUGGCCAACAUGAUCAUCAAGGAGCUGGACAUCCGGGGAUGCUUCAGAUACUGCAACGACUACCCGAGCGCCCUGGCACUGGUGGCCUCGGGCAAGGCCGACGUCAAGAGCCUCAUCACGCACAACUACAAGCUGGAGGAGACGCUGGAGGCCUUCGAGACCGCCAAGACGGGCCGCGGCAACCCCAUCAAGGUCAUGAUCCACUGCAAGAAGGGCUAGGCGUUCUGCCCGCGCGCUCCCUGCACCCUCUCUCUCUUCUGCAUUCCCGCGCACGCGUCUCUUCUUGUGGAUUCUUUGUGAGAAUUAUAAUGUGCCUACGCGUACGAUUUGGUUUCUGGGAAAAAUUUCGUGAGAUAUUUGUUUGCGUGCCGUUGUUGAUAUGUACAAAAAAUAAUUAAGAAAAUAUUUUUUGAAAUAUUUACGUGUGUAAAUGAUUAAAUAAAUAUUGAUUGUAUGUU